AUGGAGGCUCAAAGCCAGACUCAAAGUCUAUUUGAAUGCAACCAGUGUGGUAAGAAAUUCCAACGCAAGGCACAUUUACUUCGACAUCAACAGCAACAUUCCGGUGUUCGACCAUUCAGCUGCAUAUUCUGUACCAAAACUUUCAAACGCAGCGAUGUUCUCCGAGACCAUUUCAGCAGAUGCGAACUUCGCGGAUCAGCCGCUAUCCCAGAUUCCCUAGAACGAGGGCGGAAACGACACGCUUGCAAUGAAUGCUCGAGGCUGAAGGUCAAAUGUGACAAUGAAGUACCAUGUCGCAAAUGCAAGGAAUUUGGAAGGCGUUGUAUCAAAACUUGGGGUUCCAAUUCCGCUUCAUCGAUAAAAACUUCUGCAAGCCCGGAAACGCCAGCUCCUCGAUCUCUAACACCCCCAUCUACCACUCCGGAACCUACGUCAGAUCGAAAUUCCAUUGGCUUUCUAUUGAAUUUUCCAAAUGAGGCAGACUUUAUGCGCGAAUUCCCAAAAGCUUCCACAGGGAGUAGUCCAAAGGAAAGAACUGCGGAAUAUACAAGCUUGGUUCCUCAUAAUACAAUCCAGCCAUGGGCCACAGGAGACAUGAUGAAUCAGAAUAUGGCAAAUUUUGGAUACACUUCGAGUAUGGAUGUGGACCAAAACCUGGCCUUUCUUCACAAUUUGGAAUUCGACACAUUCGAAAGACAAACGCAUGGAUGGCAGUUUCCUCAAGACAAUUUAAUUCCUUGGUCACCGGAUGGAAUGUUUAACGAUCGAAAUGUUCUAGAACAACGUGCCUACGAUAUACGGGAAAAGUUGAGGUAUGCUGCAAGCUCAAUGGUUGGACCCAAUGCUAUCUCCAAAGAAGUUUUGGAAGCAAUUGAGAUCAUGACUGCCGAUACUAUUGCUGCGUAUAUCAAAUUAUAUUUUAAGCAUUGGCAUCAUCAUGCACCUAUGGUUCACGAAGCUACUUUCAAUCCAUGUACAGCUGCAUUGCCCCUAGUACUUUCGGUCAUGAGUCUUGGUGCAAUGUAUUGCAAACAGGCCGAUGAGGUAGCGAAGGGAAAGCUCCUUUUGGACAUCAUGGAAACCUACAUCUAUUCAAUAAAUGGAUUCAAUGACGAAUUCGACUUACCCGGUAGAACUUAUGCUGAGCGUACGAAAAACUUGUCUCAAGAAUGGUUACAAUACCAAUUAGAGGAAUUUCAAGGCGCAUAUCUCAUUGUGGUUGUGCAAUACUGGAUUGGCAAUGAGAUAGCAAGGACACGGGUGAGGCAACAACGCUUCGCAAAAUUAGUAUCAAUAUACCGCUAUCUAGAAUUGAAUAUCGUACAACAUUCUCCUGGGUUUGUUAUCAAAGAUCAAUCUUCGUUCAGGGAUUGGAUUCGUAAAGAAUCUUAUAUCAGAACGGCAACUGUGAUGAUGAUGCUCGACAACGCAUUUGCAAUAUUCAACAAUCUUACUCCAAGACUUCAAUGGACAGAGAUAGAUCUGUCAUUUCCUAGCAAUGAGGGGUAUUUCAAAGCUGCAAAAUUUGAAGAUCUCAAGGAUCAUGCAGGUUUUCCCAUUUCAAAAAUAAAGAUAAAGGAUGCUUUCCUAUUAUUGUUUUCUCCUAUGGAAACCGCCAAAGAAGACCUGAUACCAUUGUGCAACCGCAAUCUAACUGCUUUGGAUAUGCAGAUGCUCAUUCACAUUCUCUACGUUCAUAUAUGGACCUCAACAUUCUGUAAUCCUUUGGUUCACUUACCCUCAACGUCCAUUCCUUCAAUCGUUGCACCUUUCAAACUUGCGAUAAAAAAUUGGAAAUUUGUUUGGGAUGAUAUCAAAUCAGCGGUAGAUGCGGAUGAAUGGAAUAGGCUUGGGUUUGAGAGAACAGCGGAAACUUAUUAUACUGCGGUUAAAAGUAUCCUAGACGUUUUUGAGCUGAGGAAUGGAAAAUUUCCUCCUUUGCCUAGUGAUUGUGAGAAGGGUGCUCAUAUGAAAAGGCUUUUGAGUUUUUGA